CGUAAGUUGCCAGCGCUGACCAAGCUAGCCGCUAUUACUGUUUAAUUUUUUGCGACGAAAUUAUGUGAAAAUUUCAUUUUUCGCGAAGAUAAUGUCCAGCGGUGGUACUUCAAAGAAAGGCGGUGGGCCAAGAGGCCCUGGUGGCCAAUUCAAGUCGCAAAAGGCGGCCACAGCAAGUGGCGUCAAUAAACUCACGCCCACGAUCAAUCCAGCAGGGGAGUCAGAGUAUAUUGUGGAAAAGAUCACAGGAAAACGUUACUGGAACGGGCGUCCCCAGGUACAGAUCAAGUGGCAGGGCUAUCCACCGGAGGAGAACACCUGGGAGCCCAUGGAGAACAUAGGCAACUGCAUGGUGCUGCUCGCCGAUUUUGAGGCGGAGCUUUUCAAGCGCCGGGAACACAAGAAGAGGCUUCAAAAUGGACACGGCAAGAAAAAUGCGAGCAGUAGCGGCAGCAAGAAGGGUGCCGAAAAUAUGACAGCCCAGGCCACAUUGCCUGUAAAGCGUCUAGGAGAUGCCGCUGCUCCCGUGGGACGCAAAGUGGAAAGCGGCAAAGCAAUUGGGCCCAAAGUAAAUUUAACAAAUAGUGUCAAAAGUAGCACACCAAAGCCCAAUGCAGGCCAUACGAUGGCAUUGAGCAAGUCUAGUGAAGAUAAGACUACAUCUACUCCAGCGUCUGUGCCUAAAUCCAGCUGCGAUGACGAGAAUUCUGAUGUGGAUAUAAUGAUUAUAAGCGUAUCCUCCACAACCUCUUCAAGAUCAGAGUCCUCGGAAUCCGACUUGCUGCCUACAUCAAAGUCUGCCAAAAAGACGAUUCCAACCGAGAAGGCGUCCGUACCGCCAAAAAAGACAGGGACGAAAAAAAUGCGUAUACAUUCCAGUUCGGCAACUUCUGAGGAUGGCAUCGAUGAGGCCCCAAAGAGCGUUCCCAAGCCAAUGGACACGCCAAAUAGUCCACAAAUUGAUCAAACUCCACAAAGCUCGAAGAAGAAUAAAAAUAAGAGUCCGAAGGAAAGCCCAAACAAAAGCCAGAAAAUUGAGAGCAGUGAUGACUCGGAUACUCCUUUGAUGCUGCCGCAAAUGUCUAGCAACAAACGUAGAUCGCUAAAAUCCGGUUGGAAGGUGCCAGUACGCAAGGCCCCUUUUGGCCUGAUUCGCGGCCUGGAACUGGACAAAAUUCUACACAUCUUUGAGGCGGCCGGUAAACGGUAUAUGUUUGUCACUUGGAAGGGUCUCACGGUGAUCGAUGUGGUUCCCUUGAAGGACUUAAAGUUGACGUAUCCUUCCGAAAUAAUACAGUUCUUUGAAAACAUGAAGCGGAUCACCGUACCCGCGACCAAAAGAAGUCUCUAGGACACACAUCUGGUAUGUUUGGCCAAAAGCAGAUAUUCUCAUUAUUUAACAUAAAAAAAGACGACUAACGAAUAAGAAAAACAAUAAGACAAACCGCGGGCAACGGGAACGCAUUUGUAUUAAGAUUUUUACGGCGGUAAAGUGAAAUAAUUAAUUUCGUUAUAAUUUUUGACUAUAUCUUCAUACACACUUAUUGCUAUUUUGUUAUAAAAACAUUAUUAUUGUUUAUGGAAAAUGUAGUUCAAAGAAGAACUUGCAUUAUAGGUCAAUCAUCAUUUGUUUUGUGUACAGGCAUUGGCCUGUACUUGUAUCAUUGUCUUAAAUGAGUUUAAGGAAACUCAGUAUCACUGAAAAUUAAAUGUCAAUCAAAACGUAAAGAUCUUUAAUUUUGAACACCAAAAUGAACGAAGAGUUUCCUUAAACACUUUAAAAUUAAAAUGACAAUCAAAACCUGCAAGGGUAUAAAAAUUGUGGCAUAUACUUGUCUGAUUUGUAAACCUAAUGAAAACUGGCUUAGAACAGCAUUCAGAAUUAAAAUUAAUGCUUUUGUGACUUUGUUAUUGAUAUUUCUAAGCUUUAUUAAGUUCAUAAAACUAUUAUAAAAAUAAAUCUUAAACAAAA